AUGGCUGGGGGAAGGAACAGUACAGCAGUUAUGACAUUCAUUCUCUUGGGAUUCUCUGAAUUUCCAAAGCUCACCAUUGUCCUUUUUUCAGUGUUCCUAGGGACCUACCUCAUGACAGUGUGCUGGAACCUGGGCCUCAUCACGCUCAUCAGGGUGGACUCCCAUCUGCACACACCUAUGUACUUUUUCCUCAGUAACCUGUCCUUGCUAGACAUCUGCUAUGUUUCCACUAUAGCACCCAAGAUGCUCUCGGAUUUCUUCAAGAAGCAGAAAUCCGUCUCCUUUGUGGGGUGCACUAUGCAGUACUUCUUCUCUAGCCUGGGUCUGACUGAGUGCUGUCUCCUGGCAGCCAUGGCUUAUGACCGAUACGCUGCCAUUUGUAAUCCUCUGCUCUACACCGCCAUCAUGUCGCCCACCCUCUGUGUCCAGAUGGUGGCAGGAUCUUGUGUAACUGGAUUCUUUGGCUCAUUUAUCCAACGGUUUGCCUUACUUCAGCUCCAUUUCUGUGGGCCAAAUGUCAUCAAUCAUUUCUUCUGUGACCUUCCCCAACUGCUAAACCUAUCGUGCUCUGAUACCUUUUUCUUUCAAAUCAUGACUUCUGUGCUCACAGUAAUCUUCGGACUCACAUCUGUCUCAGUUAUCAUGAUAUCAUAUGGUUAUAUUGUUGCCACCAUUCUGAAGAUCACAUCAGCUGAAGGCAGGUCCAAGGCCUUCAACACCUGUGCUUCUCACCUGACAGCAGUGACUCUAUUCUUUGGCUCAGGUAUCUUUGUUUAUUUGUAUCCUAACUCUGGUGAUUCCCUGAGUCAAAACAAGUUGGCAUCAGUUUUAUACACUGUUAUAAUCCCCAUGCUAAAUCCAUUGAUCUACAGUUUGAGGAACAAGGAAAUCAAAGAUGCCCUAAACAGAUGGAAGAAGAGAAUCUUUUUCUGUUGUUACUAA